AUGCCCCUUGGACAAGCCCCUGCUGAACUUCAUCCAGCUGAGGGUCACGGGCGACGAGCAUCCGACUGUGCACGGCGAGGUGAUACUGCUCUAGCACCGUCGCAAGGCGCGUCACGAAGCACCCGACCUGAGACAGGCGCUCCCCGCGCUCAAGAUACUCGGCCUCGCCCGGGGUCUGAUUCCACCCUUGGCCCCACCCGGGCUCGCGGGGAAAAUUCGGCCAGCCCAUGUUCCACCACUCCAGCUGCGGAUCUCGUGCAGUCCCGGGCGUCUCAAACUCGUCCCAGCCGCGGUGGCGCUCAUUUGGCUGCGACGACACCUGGACAGGAGUCCCAACGAGGAGUCAGCCAGGAGCAACGAGUGCAUCACAACAGACAGGGACAGAACACACACGGAAAGCCAACGGGAGGGAAAGCGCCAAACACGGGGGGACCUCCGCUGGUGACGGAGGUCCCAGACUCACCACACCCCAACGGGCAGCGGCAGGACGGGGACGAGGAACAAGAGGAUGCUGGCGCUGAGGCGGCUGGACGGGAGGAGCGGGCGGAGGCGGAGUCGGAGCUGGGGGAGGGGCCGAGACAGACGGCGCAACAACAACCGCCGAUGCAACAUGGAGCUGGGGCGGCGCUGGCAAUCCCGACUGCGGGUGUGGAGGAGGAGGCGCGGGAGGAAGCACAGGCGCCGGCUGUAUCUGAAGUGAACCAAGCGGAGGCAGGGCCAGCGCCGGUGGUGGCUGAGACGGUGGGGGAGGAACCGACGGCUGGGGCGCCGCCGGCACAAGCGGUGGCGAAGGAACCUGCCGUGGCGGAGGAAAGGGCCUUGGCCGCCAGGGCUGAUGGCGGGGCCGCCGGGGAUGACGGAACUGCUGACCCCGCGGGCGGAGGUAGUACGGCGUUCGACCGGGAGGCGGGUGAUACACGGGGCGUCGGGAGUCCGGGGAUUGACGCCGCCCACGGCCCGAUCCGCCGCUCGAUUCGGCUUCAACCAAGUCCGCGGCGGCUCGGAGCAGGGCUGGCACCUGGCCUCCCUGGCCCCCUUCGGGGGUGGGAGUGCCAGACCUUCCAACCACGACCUCACGGCGAGGGGCCUUCGAGGCCUUACCCGUCAUCGGCGAGAGCGGAGGAGGAGGGUGAGGCGGGCGAGUUGCCAGCGGAGGAGGAAGUUCUGCGACCGCCAAGUGCGGCGGGAAGGACGCGAGGAAGGGCACGGGGCCGAGCCCGGGGGCGCGCAGGGGCGCGGGGACGGGGGCAACGGGGAGCGGCGGUCAACGCGCGGGAACGGGUCAGAUCCGGACCAUGGCGGGAAAGGCACGGAAGGCCGGAGGGGGUGCCAGAGGAGGAGAUCGCUGAUAGGCCAGCUGCUGCUGACAACGAUGAGGAGGAGGAGGCUUAUAUGGCAUCGGAGGAAGGAGAAUCGGAAGAGGUCUCUCUAGACGACGAGCCUGGGGUGGAUAGCCACCAAGGGAACGCUCGACAUGGGAGAUCACGGAGGGGAGGAAAUGGGAGGGCAGGAGAGGAGCAACAGCACAGGGCUGCACCAAACGGGGCCCCAAUAGAGCAACCUGCGGGCGCGGAGGUGAGGGACAUGCGCUCACCCGAAGUGAUAGCUAGGGACGAGGACAUCUGGCGACAGGUGGCAGAAUGGGAGGUAGACGGCCUGCGAAGCAGUGACCAACCAUUCCUGGCAAGGAGAAUGCCACCUGGAGUGAUCGAUGCGUUUGCGGCAUGCCUCGUCAUCCCACUCCAGCGACUGAAGAAAAAUCCCAUCUGCCCAGGAGCAUGGAGGGCACUCCUCUUUCUGCCACGGCUGACACUACGCGCCGAUAUUGACCCCAACU